AUGACCUUGUCACCGACAUUCCAGGCCCCUUGUGGGCUAUCUCGAUCUCUAUAUAUGAUUAUUACCUUAUUCUUCUUUUCCUUUUUGGUUUUGGCCACUUCGCUUGCAACCGAACCUCAGAAACACCUCGGGGAAUCCCUGCCUGCCGCGCAGGGGUCAGUCCAAUCGCAGUACGAUGCUUUGGAAGAGGUCAAACUUGGAAAUGGCAUUGCGACAGAUAAGGGCUCCAAGAGCUGGCAAACUCCCACCCAGACACUGCGGGAUCUUUUUGACGCAUUGAAUGUUAUGCAAGAUAGCUAUUUUUGUCUGUGGAUGGGCACAUGGCCAACCAGUAUCGAUUGGACUGCAGCUGUCCUGGCAACGCACGUUGGCGCAACAUUGUCGUCGUUUACUUCGACUUGCGCACUUGACAUCGCCAAUGCCAAACAACCUCAUGAAUUAUCUUUCGCCGCACUCGAGAAUACUGUCAAUUAUUUCUUCGGCCACCUCAACACCUUCUAUUUUGGCGAGAAUGCUUUCAGCCUACGGAACCAAGCCUACGACGACAUGCUCUGGGUAGUGCUAGACUGGUUAGAAAACAUCAAAUUCCAGAACCUACACUCUGACCUCCACUAUUCCAGCUCGAAUAAAUCGUCCGGGUCGGCAUGGCACGGCACGCAGUUUAGUGAAUCGGCCGCCCAUCGAGCACGGAUCUUCUACGAAUUAGCUUCUGUGGGAUGGGACAAAACCCUAUGUGGUGGCGGUAUGGUCUGGAACCCGUCGCUAGAGCCAUACAAAAACGCCAUAACGAACGAGCUUUUUAUAUCUGCAAGCAUUGCGAUGUACCUUUACUUCCCUGGCGACCCCAUCGAUGUCCCAUUUAUGGCCACCGCCCAAUCCCCGCUCCCCCAUGAUCCCAAACACUUAAUCGCUGCAGUCAAUGGGUAUUCAUGGCUGAAAAACUCUCAUAUGACUGGAUUAUACGGGCUCUAUGCAGAUGGCUUCCAUAUCCGUGGCUGGCGUAGCGAGUCGGAUCCAGGUACUCGGAAAUGCGACCAAUUGAAUAAGAUGGUCUAUACGUAUAACCAAGGUGUCAUUCUCAGCGGGCUGAGAGGCCUUUGGCUAGCUACUAGCUCACAAGAGUAUAUGCUUGAUGGCCACGAAUUAAUUCAUAGAGUCCUUCGUGCUACCGGCUGGCCGAAGACUUGGUCAAACACAUGGGCUGGGCUCGGGCGUGGAGGUAUACUUGAAGAUUACUGUGAUUCGCACGCUAGUUGUUCGCAGGAUGGGCAGACUUUUAAGGGUAUAUUCUUUCAUCACCUUACAGAAUUUUGUCGCCCGCUUCGGGUACAGGAAGAAAGAUUCCUAGCUAGUCAGACCAAGAGACCUCUCGCGGGCGAAGAGUGGGAAGAAGUGUACGGCAACCAUCUGAAGCGCUGCCGUGCUUACGGGUCUUGGAUUGAGCAUAACGCCCGAGCUGCGCUUAUAACUCGUGAUGAUGACGGGAAGUUCGGUAUGUGGUGGGGUCUGCCUUUCUUAUCAGUCCUAGAAGCAAAUGAGAUCGUGAAUAGCAGCACUAUCCCCGAGGGGGCAGAAGACUACCGCAAUGGCGAUCUGGGUACUAGCCCCGCCUCUUUGACAGCAGGCGUCCCUCGAGACUUCAAUGACCGGGGCCGGGGCCGAACGGUUGAGACGCAGUCUGGUGGCGUCGCAGUGCUGCGGGCUUUGUUCCAAUGGCAGACAAGCGAUGCUCUUUCAUGA